ACACACACACACACACACACACACGGGGAGGAGACCCUUCCUCACGUUGGUCACUUUCCCAACAAACAAAAACAAAACAAGGAACUCAUCUUUUUAUUUUAUUCUCUCUGGAUUAACGGAACCGGAACCGGGGGACUUUUCUUUUUCUUUUGAAGCUCACACUUGUUUUUCCAAAGGUUUUGGGAUUUAUCCUCUUUUUGUGGUUGUUUUGCUCCUCUGGACAUGGAGGAGAGCAGCUGACCGGGAGGAGGAGGAGGAGGAGGAGGAGGAAGAGGAGGAGAGACCCCCCCCCCCCCCCGCGAGGCGACAGGAACGUGCUCGAUGCCUCAGAGGGGCUGAAGGACUGCACUCUAUUUAUUUAUUAUUAUUUAUGAUGUAUUUAUUGAGCCCGGGUCGCGCGCUGCUGCUGACGGUGGCCGUCACGUCCACGCUGCUGUGCCAGGGUUUGUGUUCGGGUGUCUUCGAGCUGAAGCUGCAGGAGUUCCUGAACAAGAAGGGGGUGCAGGGCAACCGGAACUGCUGCCGCGGGCCCCCCGGGGCCCCCGCGCCCUCCUUCACGCAGCAGUGCGAGUGCCAGACGUUCUUCCGCAUCUGCCUGAAGCACUACCAGCCCAACGCGUCGCCGGAGCCGCCUUGCACGUACGGCGGCGCCGUGACGCCGGUGCUCGGCUCCAACUCGUUCCAGGUGCCCGACGCGCUCCCGGAGAGCGCGUUCACGAACCCGGUCCGGAUCAACUUCGGCUUCACGUGGCCGGGGACCUUCUCGCUGAUCAUCGAGGCUCUGCACACCGACUCCAAAGACGACCUCUCCACAGAGAACCCGGACCGGGUCGUGAGCACCAUGACGACGCAGCGCCACCUGACGGUGGGCGACGAGUGGUCCCAGGACCUGCACACCGGCGGCCACACGGAGCUCCGGUACUCGUACCGGUUCGUGUGCGACGAGCACUACUACGGGGACGGCUGCUCGGUGUUCUGCCGCCCGCGCGACGACGCGUUCGGCCACUUCAACUGCGGCGAGCGCGGCGAGAUCGUGUGCGACGCGGGCUGGAAGGGCCAGUACUGCACUGAAUCGAUCUGUCUGCCCGGCUGUGAUGACGAACACGGCUUCUGUGAGAAACCCGGAGAGUGCAAGUGCCGCGUGGGCUUCAAAGGGCGCUACUGCGACGAGUGCAUCCGCUACCCGGGCUGCCUCCACGGGACCUGCCAGCAGCCAUGGCAGUGCACCUGCCAGGAGGGCUGGGGGGGGCUGUUCUGUAACCAAGACCUGAACUACUGCACCCACCACCGGCCGUGCCUCCACGGCGCCACCUGCAGCAACACGGGUCAGGGCAGCUACACCUGCAGCUGCCGGCCCGGCUUCAGCGGCGCCGGCUGCGAGGUGCCGGUCAGCGCCUGCAGCGGGAACCCGUGUCGCAACGGGGGGAGCUGCGCCGACCUGGAGAACUCGUUCACGUGCUCCUGCCCGCACGGUUUCUACGGCAACCGCUGCGAGCUGAGCGCCACGACGUGCGCCGACGGGCCGUGCGCCAACGGCGGCCGCUGCGCCGACAACGCCGACGGCGGCUACUUCUGCCGCUGCCCGGCGGGCUACGCCGGCUUCACCUGCGAGAAGAAGAUCGACCACUGCUCCUCGGCGCCGUGCUCCAACGGCGCCCGCUGCGUGGACCUCGUCAACUCGUACCUGUGCCAGUGUCCCGACGGCUUCACCGGCGCCGACUGCGACCACGCCGAGUGCUCCGCCUCCCCGUGCCAGAACGGCGCCACGUGCCAGGAGGGCCCGGACGGCUACGCCUGCAGCUGCCCGCCGGGCUACGCCGGCCGCAACUGCAGCUCGCCGACCGGCCGCUGCGAACACAACCCGUGCCACAACGGCGCCACGUGCCACGAGCGGAGCGGCCGCUACGCGUGCGCCUGCGUCCCCGGCUACGGCGGCAGGAACUGCCAGUUCCUGCUGCCGGAGCACGCCGCCGUCCGCGGGUCCGCGGUGCCGUGGAUGGCGGUGGGCUCCGGCGUGGCGCUGGUGCUGCUGCUGCUGGCGGGCUGCGCCGUGCUCGUCGGGUUUUUCCGAUCGAAAGCUCAGCGCGGCGGAGCGCCGGACGCCGCCGGCGACGGCGAGACGAUAAACAACCUGACUAAUAACUGCCACCGCGGCGGCGGCGGGGACUCGGCGCUCGUCGCCGUGGCGUUGCCGACGCCGGGCGUGAAAAACAUCAACAAGAAGAUGGACUUCUGCGGCGGCGGCGGCCCCGAUGAAGGGCCCCCGCCGGGCAGGAGCAGCUACAAGCCCCGCCUCCCGCCCGCGGACUACAACCUCGUCCACGAGCUGAACCAGGAGCAGGCGGCCAAGGAGGCGCUGCUGGAGGCCGCGCGCCACGACCAGUGCCACGCCGCCGACGCCUUCGAGUUCGAGGAGCAGCGCGGCAAACGAUUAAAAUGCGAGCCGGCGGAGAUGAACGCCCCAGAACUGUCUGCAUGUGCGGACACAAAGUACAAAUCUGUGUUUGUGAUGUCGGAGGAGAAGGACGAAUGUAUAAUCGCAACUGAGGUGUAACGGCCCGUUGCCCACCUUGCUGUAUGGAGAGUUGUUAUGCUCCUUCAGAUGCUGCUCUCGCCCCGGGGGGGCGGGGCCCCGCGGAGCCCCGCCCCCAGACUGCUGCUGACACUGAGACGUUUAACUGAUAUUCAGACUGAGCUGGUUCUCUACUGGACAAGGAGGAGGGAGGCGCGGCGGCGUGAGGAACCGGCGGCUUGAAACAAUAAUAAUAAUAAUAAAAAGGAGGGCUGGAAGUAAACGGCCGCUUAGCGUUUGACCGUUCCUUCGUUUCCGAGAGGGGGAACAUAAAUAUAAAUAAAUACUCGUCUCUCUGUGUUUUGUUUUUGGGGGUUUAGUUCUUUGCAACAUUUGCACCGGGCCUCUCUCCGGGCCUCCCCCCCGCACGCCGUGCAUCAGACGGUGGAUGUUUGGCCAUACUGGCCUGUCCCGGGGCGCCCCCCCUGUGAGGCGUGACCCUGUCGACCCCCGCUCCAAACCAUUAUGACAUAGUAUUGUUCUUCAUAUCUUUUAUUUUUGUAAUACUUUUUAUAUGCUUUUCUACUUUUACUUUUUUUGGGGGGACCGGAAAACUUUUUUUGUCUUAAUUAAAUAAAAUAACAAAAAAAUGAUGCUUUUAAAAAAAUAAAUGAAAUACAGAUUGUGAUUUUUGUAAAAUAAAGAAAUAAUGAAAGAACAAAACAAAAAAUUCAAAUAUGAUUUAAUUUAAGUUAAUUUAAUAAUUUUGUGUUAUUUUUAUUUUGUAAUGUAUGUUUGUGAUGUUUGUUGACGAUUAUUUAAGCUUGUUUUUCUUUAUAAUAAUAAUAAUAAAAGAUGAUAUUUGCAAAGGCACUUAAGGUCAACGGGACUUUGUUCGAAGGAAUGUUAUUUAAGGGAUCGUACUGUACACAUUGUUACGCUGCCGUCUCCUUUGCUGUUCCAGGAAUUAGCCACGACUAUUUUUCCAAAUAAAUAUUGCUAAAUGUGAAA